GUCAAUUUGUAUAUAACUGUUUGUAAAACAAAUUUUUAAAAUUACUGUGCCAAUUUUCAAUAAAACCACUUUUAAACUUAAAUAUCUAAAUUAGAAGAAUUAAUGAAUUAUACAAAAGAUGAAUUGGCUGCUGUUGCUCACUUUUACAUGGAUCAUUUGAAAAAUGCGCCACCAGAAGUUAGGAAUAUUUUAUUAUAUUUAGCAAAGAAUGCAUAUGAUAAUAAUGAUAUAGAGAAAGCUGUAUAUUUCCAUGCUAAGGCUUUGUGUAAUACCUUCGAUAGUAGAAAUAUUUUUGAAAUUAAUAGCUUGGAUUCUUAUGGAGAUACUUUCCUCGAAGAUGUAAUUUUCCCAAAGCAUUUUAAAGCUAAGAAAUCAAAAUCUAAUCCUUUGCUUGAUUUUGCAAAUGAAAAUUUUCCAAUAGCCGAAGUGAAAUAUGCUAAUAGAGAUUUUACAUCAGAUUUUGAUAUUACAGAAAAAGUUUUAGAAAUGAAAUCUUCAAUAAAAGAUAUGCCAGAAGAAUGGAUGGUGCUGCAAAUAACCAAAGAUUAUAAUGAGUAUAUGAGCCUUAAAACUAGAGAAGAAAAUGUAACUUCAAAAUUGCCGAUUUAUUUAAGUAUUUUGAAACAUUCAGCAGAUAAUAUAUUAGAUAAUUUUAUAUGCAUUAAGAUAGAGUUCAGUGAUUGUGAAUUGUUCAAAAACUUUUUUGAAAUUCAAGAAAAUUUUAAAGCAUUAUCUUCCGAUAGUUUAUCUCUUAAUAAUUGUGACGAAAAACUUAAAUUAAAGUACCUGAAAAAAAUUUUGCCUUUGGAAAAUCAAAUUAUUGCAAGUAUAGCAAAAUUAGAAAAGGAACUUGGUCCUUGGGUGUGUUUAUUCUCUGGAAAUUUGGAAAAUAAAGAAAUUGAGAGAGAGAUCCUACAUAAAGUUGGAACAUUUUGCAAAAAAUGUAAGUUAGAUAACAAUACUUCGAUCAUUCUUGGUCUUCUAUUAAAGGAGCCAAAAAAAUUAAUAGAAGAAAAUUGUAGGAUAGCUAGCGAAUAUCUCGCGGAUGGAAGGAGUAAAAGAAUUAAAAGCCUUUUGUACGAAUUUCUAAAAGAAAUGUCAGCAGAACUCUCGAAUAAAGAUAUGAAAAGUAAAAAGCCAUGUUUACUUAUAAUAGACGAACUUCUAGAUAAUUUUCCAUGGGAAUUUUUGAAUAAAUCGCAAGAGUUUUGUCGUAUUUCCUCAUUAAACAUCUUAAAUAAGAUUUUUUGUAAACAUAAAUCGAAAAUAAAUAAAGGUUAUUUAGAAAUAAGUGUUAAGUAUGGCCAUUUUUUGGUGAACCCGCAAAACAAUUUGAAAGAUUCAGAGAAUCGAAUUCGAGAAUUUGGAAGAUAUUGGUUACCAAAUUAUGAUUUUACAUUUGGAAAACAACCAUCACAAGAAAAAAUUAAGGAAAUUUUUAACUCAAAUGGUAUAUAUGUUUAUUGUGGGCAUGGUCACGGUAUGGAUUACUUAAAUCCACAUAAACUACACAUUGCUGAAAUAAAAAAUCCAGUUGUAUUUCUUUUUGGUUGUGAAUCUGUGAAAUUGUCAUCGAAAACAAGUUAUGGGGAAAUGACUGGUGAACAUUUAUAUUUCCAUAAAGGUUUGUGUCCCGCUGUUAUUGGGUGUAUUCAUAUAGCAUUUGAUUAUAGUUUGGAUAUAAUAGCAACAGAAAUUUUAAGUACAUGGAUUUCAUCUAAACAGAAACCUCAUUGGAGUUGUAUCGAUUUCCAAUUAUGGAGAAAAGGCAAAAUUGUCCCCUCUCAAAAAAAUUCCAAAACUAAACAAAUUCAAUAUGAGCCAAGAUUAGCUGCAAUUUUGAGUAAAAUUCGUUCUAAAGGUUCACAGAAGUAUUAUCACUUAAUACCGCUUGUGUAUCGCGGAAUUCCUGUAUGGAACAGCGAACUUGGCAAAUAACGUUCUCCGGAUGCAAUAC